AGUCAGUGAAGCAUACUUAUGCGGAUGGGUGCUAUGAAAUAUACUAAACAUCACCACCAUUGAGCCUGGGAGAAAGCGCCGGUGGGUGAUCUUUUUCUCUGCACCGUGUGUGCAUUUUGAACGGGGGAAGUGAGCGUUUCAUCGCCGCGGAGAACUUCGGAAAAUGUAAAUGUCUGGCUACAUUGUAACUGCUGCGCCUUAUAUAAAAAAUUAUCACAGAGACGACGCAUGUCUUGAUGGAAUAGCUAUACGGAUUGUGUGAAUAUCUGCACUCCACGAUCACUGUAGCCUACAUAAAUACAUAACUGACAGUAUUUCUACAGCAUAAAAAUAAGAGCAGUGUAGCCUGGGAGUAGCGAUUCAGCCCGUCAUGCCAGCGAGACAGGAAGUGUGUGUGUGAGCCCGACCAGUCCGGUGGGCUGCGCGGGGAUGAACAUGCCACUGCACCAGAUCUCUGUCAUCCCCCGUGAUGUCACUUCCUCCCGGGUCAGCGGCAGCGGAAAGUCCAAGGACAAACAGAAUGAGAAGCACCUGGGUCAUUCUGCCAGCAGGUCCAGCAACAUUUCCAAGGCGGGGAGUCCCACCUCCGUCAACGCCCCCUGCAGCUUUUCACGGUCAUCGGUCACCCCCUCCAACCAGGACAUCUGCAGCCUUGCCGCCACAUCUCCAGACCAGGGCUACCAGAAGCCUUUGCAGACCACUGUGGUUCUGAUGAACUCCAACAGCAAAACCUCUCAGGGGUCAGGAGGGGGCAUCUCUGUGACAACACUCUGCCUGGACACCCCCCCAGCCUUCAAGCCCUCCAAAGGCCGGGGCGGGCUCUCCUUCGGGACGGAAUGGCUUUCAUUGCUCCGCCCCUCCACCGGCAACGGGACACUGAAGUUCUCUCACUCUCUGAGCAAUGUGGGCCAGCGCAUGGACAGCCUCUGUAACGGACUGCACUUCGUAGACCAGACCUGUUCUGAAGGAGAGCUGGAUGUAAAACCUAAACAACCCAACACAGACCAGAAGUCCAAGAUGUUCAACGGCAAAGCAGCCACACUCACACACCAGGCCUCGAACCAUCCUCCCUUCCCCACGCACACACUCACCCGCACACACCCUCACCUCGUUCCCUCAUUCACCAACAACUACAAGUACCUCACCCACGAACACUGCUUCCAACCUCACUCUUCCGGCGUCCAUCCUCCUCCUCCUCUUCCACCACCUCCUAACUCCCACCUUCACCCGCCCAGCUCCAAACUCCUCCGCCUCUUCCUCCCCUUCUCUCGCUCCUCUACCUCUGCCAGUCUACAGUGUUCUGAGUUGGGUAGCUAUGCCUCCCGCCUCCACAUCACCAAAUCCUCCAGCACGCUAAUGGGGGGCAAUGAGCCUCCCCUGGGGGGAACAGAUGGCCUCCUGGGGGAUGACGAUGUGUUUGAGAUCCCCCAGGGAGAGACCGGAACUUGGACAGGGGCUGGAGCCCCAGGAAGUGGUGCCAGAAGCGGGGAUUCGGGUCUGCUUGGGGCAGCCCCCCUUUGCUACAUGGACAAAGACAGCGAUCUGGACCGUUUUUCAAUUCUAGAGCGGUGUUCGUCACCUGCCCAUUCUGACAAAAUGGGGCCUCUCACGCCAGGCCCGCUCUCGCCCUAUUCGCUGUCCGGAGACUGCUGCAGGAUCUGUCACUGCGAAGGAGACGAUGACAGCCCACUGAUAACACCGUGCAACUGUACAGGCAGCUUACGCUUCGUCCACCAGGCGUGCCUGCAGCAGUGGAUCAAGUCCUCAGACACACGCUGCUGUGAACUCUGCAAGUACCAGUUCAUCAUGGAGACCAAGCUCAAACCCCUUCGCAAGUGGGAGAAGCUCCAGAUGACGUCUAGUGAGAGGAGGAAGAUCAUGUGUUCUGUGACGUUCCAUGUCAUCGCCAUAACUUGCGUGGUGUGGUCCCUCUACGUGCUCAUUGACCGCACUGCAGACGAGAUCAGAACAGCCGGAAGAAUCCCAGGUAUCCUGGAGUGGCCAUUCUGGACCAAGCUGGUGGUGGUAGCCAUCGGCUUCACGGGUGGCCUGGUCUUCAUGUACGUCCAGUGUAAAGUCUACAUCCAGCUGUGGAGGAGACUCAAGGCCUACAACCGGGUGAUCUACGUCCAGAACCGCCCAGAGAUGUGUAAAAAGCAAGUGGUCGAGAAGCUGCCCCUCAUGGAGCCCAGUUUGGAGCACAAGGAGGCUCUGGCCCUCACCCAGUCUGACACAAACUCCUCCCAGUACACAGAGACAGAGGACUACAGUAUGGAAGUGCUACAUGUCUGACCAACAUAUUACUGAAGCCCCCAGACCAUUUUACAUAUACUAAUACACAGGCACACUCUGGCUGACCAACAUAUACACACACAAACACGAGCAAACCAAGUAAAAAACACAAAACACACAGACAUGCAUAAGACCAUAGUAUGGGGGUUGUACUAAGGUGUGAGUGACCCACCUUCACCCUUCCCCCAUCUCCACACAGUCUGAAACAGUAUGGACCAGUACCCGCUCCCAGGACUAGACCUUCACUGGGCCAAUAGACCCCUCAUAUAUACACACACACACACACACACACACACACACACACACACACACACACACACACACCUGAGACAGAUGAUCUCACUCGGCUCCAGAGGUUUCUGUUGAGCUGUUUGUUUGUUGCUUUGUGUGUUUGUUAGCUUGUUUGUUUGAUUUAUUUGUUUUACUUCCUGUGAAUCAUGGGUUAAACCAUCAUGGAUCAGUGUGUAGCGCCGCCGUUUCUCUGGAAUAUUUUAGAACAUUCUGGAACAUUGAACAUUCUAACUACUGCCACCGUACUGCUGUCGUCCGAGAGCCCGCUAAGGCCCGCUCCCCCACCUCUCUGAGUUUGGGACUGGAUUGGACCGGAUCUGACCAUGCAUUGAAGCACUUUUUGGUUUAUACCAAUACCCCUCUCAACCCUCUUCUCUUUUAAUAUGAAUAAAGUACUUUAUAGUAUAUCCCAGCAAACAGGGGACGUCCUAAGCAACAUUGCCAUUAGGCCCCUUUUAGGGUUUUGGCUAAAUGUUAUUCCACUGCCGUUCUGAGAACAUUCUAGAAAUAUUCAAACAUGACAUUAACAUCAGGACGAUAAGGGGACGUUCAGUACUGAUCCCAGUUUGGUUGUAGUAUAACUUUAUAAUAAGGUAAUUUGAUGUCCAAUAGGGAACAUUACAAAUAGGUUCCGAUAACCGGGAAGUAGACAAAAAACACAAGACCAUGACACAAUGUCCUGACGUUCUGGGGACGUCCUAUGGACACUUUUGUUUGCAGGGAUAAGUGUGGGAAAUUGUACAGCAACAAAUAGGAAGAUUUGUGUAAAAAAUCCCUUGUUUUAUAUUUGACAUUUCUGUCCCACACACAGACCUGCCCUCCCUUGGAUGGAAAUCGUGGAAAGCAAUGAAUGAUGGGGGGGAAUGGAAUUCUGCCGAAAUGAUCAUUGCACUUUUCACUUAACACUGAAAGUAAUGCUAAAUAUGGCCUACUGGUUACUCAAGCCCUGUGGUUUUUAAUACAACCAAAACAUAACUUUGGGAUAACAUCAGAUACAGCCAUCCACCUGACUUUACCUCCCUCUGACAUAAGAACUCUCUUAAGGCUCUGAGAAUGUAAUGUUUUUAAAAGCAUUUUCUACCAACCAUUCAUUCACGGGAAAUCGCUAAAUAGUCUCCUCCCAUGUCAGUCAUCAUCAUAACAUGAACCUUUGGAAAACCAACCAAUCGGUCAUGUUUUUUCUAUUGUGUGAAUGAUACAGUACUUGUGGUAUUCCAUGUGCAGUUUGUAAUAAUAGUAAUCAUGGGUUCUAUAUGAUGCCUUGAGGAAGCUACAGCCUGCUAUAUUUCGACUGUUCACUUCUCAACCUCCUAUUGACUUCUCUGAUCACACUAAUAAUGAUCACGCAGAUGGGAUUAUUCAAAUCCAAAUUUACAUAAGAUUAUGUGAAUUUGAUCAGAGGUAGUAAGAGAUUGGAUACACGGCCUAUUAUCAUUAUUAUGAGAGGCCCUAUGAGACAAUACUGAGCCUAUUUUUACUAUGGUGAUGAUCGUGGGUGGGUUAUACUGUAGCAUGUCUUUUUGGUUUAGUUUUAUACAUACAGUCAGUCAGUGAGACUCAGGUGAGCAACGGACAAUCACCUGAUACAGAGACCCGCGACAUAACAUACAUUUUUCAGUCGAGCUAAAGUCUCUGUUGCACAGUCAGACAGCCUCCAGUUUCCAACCACGAUAACUCAGAUGUAUUAUGUUACAACGCUCAGUCCAUAACCCACCUGCUGUUUCGCUAAUUAUUAUUCAAUGUAACUUAAUGUAUCGUUCUUUCUGACAUCUGGCAUUAUGAGGGUUUGAUUAGAUGCAUUUGUAAAUUGAUCAGUUUCAGUCCAGAUAAUGUUUCUAAAGUAACAUCUGAAGGCUUCUCUCCAGUAAAGCAGAGUUGCCAUAUGUUGACAAUAAAGACACUGUUUCCCUGA